CUCGGGGCCAUGGAGUCUCAGGUGGCGGGGGGCCCGGCUGGCCCGGCCCUGCCCAACGGGCCACUCCUUGGUACAAACGGAGCCAGUGAUGACAGCAAGACCAACCUCAUCGUCAACUACCUGCCCCAGAACAUGACCCAGGAUGAGUUCAAGAGUCUCUUCGGCAGCAUUGGUGACAUUGAGUCCUGCAAGUUGGUUCGGGACAAGAUCACAGGGCAGAGCCUCGGCUACGGGUUUGUGAACUACUCUGACCCCAACGAUGCAGACAAAGCCAUCAACACCCUCAACGGCCUCAAACUGCAGACGAAGACCAUCAAGGUGUCCUAUGCCAGACCCAGCUCCGCCUCCAUCCGGGAUGCGAACCUGUACGUCAGCGGGCUCCCUAAGACCAUGAGCCAGAAAGAGAUGGAGCAGCUCUUCUCCCAGUACGGCCGCAUCAUCACUUCUCGCAUCCUGGUGGACCAGGUCACAGGUGUCUCUCGGGGUGUGGGAUUCAUCCGCUUUGACAAGAGGAUUGAGGCCGAGGAGGCUAUCAAAGGACUGAACGGGCAGAAGCCGCUAGGUGCGGCCGAGCCCAUCACGGUCAAGUUUGCCAACAACCCGAGUCAGAAGACCGGGCAGGCCCUGCUCACUCACCUCUACCAGUCCUCCGCCAGGCGCUACGCAGGCCCCCUGCACCAUCAGACACAGCGCUUCCGGCUGGACAAUUUGCUCAACAUGGCCUACGGAGUCAAGAGUCCCCUGUCGCUCAUCGCCAGGUUCUCACCCAUCGCCAUCGACGGCAUGAGCGGCCUCGCGGGCGUGGGCCUGUCGGGGGGCGCGGCGGGCGCUGGCUGGUGCAUCUUCGUGUACAACCUGUCUCCGGAGGCGGAUGAGAGUGUGCUGUGGCAGCUGUUCGGGCCCUUCGGGGCAGUCACCAAUGUCAAGGUCAUCCGCGACUUUACCACCAACAAGUGCAAGGGCUUCGGCUUCGUCACCAUGACCAACUAUGACGAGGCGGCCAUGGCCAUCGCCAGCCUCAACGGCUACCGCCUGGGCGAGCGCGUGCUGCAGGUGUCCUUCAAGACCAGCAAACAGCACAAGGCCUGAGCCACCGCCGCCCUCCCCACCCUUCCCGGGCAGCAGAGACAGAGAGAGAGAGAGAGAAAGAGAGAGAGAUUGAGAGAGAGAGAGAGACAGGGGCCCGAGAGAGACAGCGCAGGCAGACCACGGACGGCACGAGGGCCCCGUGUCCCUGCAGAAGCCACAGGGUGAGCACUCGGUGGGAGGGUCUGCAGGGAAUGGGAGGGCUCCUGGGGGUCCCCCACCCCGUCCUCCUGCCCCUCCCCCCCAGGCUGGGCUGUUCACUCUCUCGUCUUGGUUUUGUUCAUGGUGAAGGUUUUUGUUUCCUUUUUCGGCUAAAGUGAAAGCAGAGACGUGCCCCCAGCACACCCUCAACCGCCCUCCGUGGAUGGCUUGGGGGAGGGGUGCUGGGGGUGCCCUCCCAGGCCCCCUUGCCCAGGCCUCCCCAACACCUAGGUGAGCCUGAGAGGGGGGAGCAGGUUUAAAAAUCCCCAAAAAAGCGAAACUUGAGAGGGGUGUGGGCAUCCCUGGCCCAGAGCCCCUUGGUGGAAUGUGAGGGGCAGGGGGAGGGGCUGGAAACAGAAACACAAUGA